CUUCUGCAUUCAAAAUAUUUAGAAAUGCAAUAUUUCUUCGAUUAUAAAUUGUUUUUUCUAAAACAUGUAAUGUUUAAUCCCAUUGUUACAAGAUUUAAAAAACAUUCGCUUCCGGUGUGAAGUCGGUUCCAGAAACAUAAGAAAGUGUACAUUUUCAUUUAUUUUCAGUCGUCAUUUUUAAACACGAUUUCGUGAUUGCGUUUAGUAAAAUACUAUUUAUUUUAUGUUCUUUCAUGAUUAACGUUGUUGUGGAAUAGUAUUACAUUUUUUUAUAUAACUGAGCUGCGUGGAUUGAAGAGUCGCAACGCGUCGUCAUAGGGGGAAGGUAUACACAUAAUAUCGGAUAUCUUCAGUUCAUAUUUACUUAUAUAGGUAGAUAGGUACUAGCGAGUAGAUACCACGUUUUCGCCAGCUGGUUGGUGUGCCGGGCUCGCGUGGUUAUCAGUGCCAGCUAGGAGGAAGGAUCAACAAUUCAUCCCAUCUGUGAGCUCUCGUCCAGUGGGGCGCUACCAUUUUAUAUGACUUUAGCAAGAUAUACAGAGACAUCAGUACAGUGCGAGGAGAGUGGUCGGUGCGUGGCGGCGAGGGGUGCUGACUGUAGACGAGCGUGCAUGACGCUUCACACACCGAACAAUACCACCCGCAGAAGAUCGAAGUUGUGCAGCAGCAGACAUCGGAAGCUGCUGCUGCGGCAGACGUGACUGGCGCGAGCGCGGCCGCAUGCCGCACUAGCUGGCGACCGGCGGCCUGCUGAACGAGUGUCAGAAAAAGAGGCAACCCCGUUAUAAUUAGUUAGUUAUUAUAAAUAAGCGCAGCAUAAUGGGGUCGGUGAACGUGAACCGCAACGUCGCGGACGCCUUCUACCGGUACAAGAUGCCGCGCAUCUGCGCCAAGGUCGAGGGGAAGGGGAACGGCAUCAAGACGGUCAUCGUCAACAUGCCCGAGGUGGCCAAGGCGCUCGGCAGACCGGCGACCUAUCCGACCAAGUACUUCGGCUGCGAGCUGGGCGCCCAGACUCAGUUCGACUUCAAAAACGAGCGCUUCAUAGUGAACGGCAGCCACGACUCCGCCAAGCUACAGGAUCUGCUGGACGGCUUCAUCCGCAAGUUCGUGCUGUGCCCGGAGUGUGACAACCCUGAGACGGAGCUGAUCGUGUCCACCAAGCGGAACACCAUCUCCCAGGGCUGCAAGGCGUGCGGCUACCACGGCACCCUGGACUUCAACCACAAGCUGAACACCUUCAUCCUCAAGAACCCGCCCGCCGCCGAUCCGGCCAUGCAGGGUUCGUCUCUGACGGAGGGCAAUCGCGGCAAGAGAUCCAAGAGGAGCGGGCCGGCUAACGGGAACCACGACGGGGAACAGCACGACGCUAAGAACGAGGGAGAAGCUCCCGUCACGCCCACAGCUCCUCAACCGAAGAGCAAGAAGGAAAAGAAGAAGGCCGAGGACGACGACGACGACGGGAACUGGACCGUGGACGUCAGCGAGGAGGCUGUGAGGGCCAGGAUGCAAGAUCUGACCGAAGGCGCCAAGAGCAUGACGUUAUCGGAGGACAGCGAGAAAAACGAGAAGCAGAGGAUGGAUCUGUUCUACGCGUUCCUCAAACAGCGAGCUGACGCCGGAGACGUGGAGGGCACGCGGGCCAUCAGCGACAUCCUGCACGAGGUGGAGAGGCUGGACGUGAAGUCGAAGGCAUUGCUGGUCGCUUUCGAGGUGCUGGUGGGCGCCAACACGCUGGCGGCGGACGUGAAGAAGCACCGCAUGCUGCUGAUACGCCUGGCGCGCGCCGACGCCAAGGCUCCGAGGGCGGCGCUCCACGCGCUCACCGCCCUGGCCCACACCAGCCCCGCCCUGCUGCAGCGGGUGCCCGCCGUGCUGAAGCUGCUGUACGACCUGGACGUGGUCGAGGAGAAGACCAUACUGGAGUGGGCCGCGAAGCCCUCCAAGAAAUACGCGCCGCGGGAGACCGUGGCCGACGUGGUGAGGCGUGCGCAACCCUUCAUUGACUGGCUGCAGCAGGCCGACGAGGAGGACUCCAGCUCGCAGGAGGAGGACAUUGAGAUCCAGUAUGACGACCGCGCUAAGGCGACCCCCAUCAAGGCGGUGGUGGCGCCCUCUGCUCCGCGACAGAAGCCCGAGGAAGACGACAUCGACGUCGACAUAGACGCCAUAUAGACACCCGACCCACCACCGCCGCCACCCACCACCCCUCACCACCCCUCACCAGCAGUCGCUGCUACCGAAGCUCAUAUGACCAUCCUCGGAGACUUAUCAACUAAAUAUUCCGAACAGUUCCGAGGCUGAUAUCUUCGGUAGCCCUCCGACCUCCAACCGAUGUACUGUGAAGAAAAACCAAUGAACGCAGUCGGCGGACCGGAUGUGAUGCUGUGCAAAAAAUAUGUAGAAAAUAUUAAUAUAAACAUGUACCCAUAGCGUUAGCCAUAGAGAACCACCCGCUUCGACUCUAGACUCUUUAAAUCACCGCUAAUAUUUGUUCCUAUCCUAUAUACAGAUUUUUUUCUAUAUUUUUUAAACCACUUGGCCGCUAUUCACUCUGAGUGGAGUUUGCUGUGGCUCGCCGAGAACCGCCGCGGACCAAAGCACGGGACUCGACCCGAGCUGCAUCCGACGAAUGAACUGCCCGCAAACACCGAAGUAGCGCGUUCCGUGGAGCGACCGCAGCACGCGCGAACAGCAACCGACUACACGAUGCGGCCGACGGGUCGAAGAGAGAUGUCCGCUCCCGGCUGUCGGCUGGUGGAACACGGAAACUUCCGCCCGGCGAUGACUUUAUUAGAUUUGUUUUAUAUUAACACACUUGGAUUCUA